AUGGGGACAGCUGCCGUGCCUCGGAAGCUCGGCGCGCAGUUGGCGGCGCCAUCCGCCGGUCCCACUUUCGCGGAAGUUCUCGCUGCGUCUGUCGUUACCCCUGGCAGCGCCGAUCCCGCUGGGGCAGUUACCGCCACGCCUCUCCCUGCUGCUUCUGCCGCUGCUGCCGCGCCUGCAGCUUCCCGGCCCGUCGUUUCCACUAACGCAGCUCCUACCGCUCCGGUGAAGACUCUCACUGGGAAACCCACGCCUGCUGCACUCGCCAAGGGAAAACCAGCCAGCAAUGGCGCCGCCGCAGCCGCAGCCGCCGCUCCUGCGCCGAAGCAGGGUGGCCCCACGCCGAAGCAGGGUGGCCCCACGCCGAAGCAGGGUGGCCCCACGCCGAAGCAGGGUGGCCCCACGCCGAAGCAGAGUGGCCCCACGCCGAAGCAGAGUGGCCCCACGCCGAAGCAGAGUGGCCCCACGCCGAAGCAGAGUGGCCCCACGCCGAAGCAGAGUGGCCCCACGCCGAAGCAGAGUGGCCCCACGCCGAAGCAGAGUGGCCCCACGCCGAAGCAGAGUGGCCCCACGCCGAAGCAGAGUGGCCUCACGCCGAAGCAGAGUGACCCCACGCCGAAGCAGAGUGACCCCACGCCGAAGCAGAGUGGCCCCACGCCGAAGCAGAGUGAUUCGGUGCCGAAGCUGCCCCCUGUUCCCAAACCGGACGCACCUAAGCUCGACGCGUCUAAUUCUAAGCCCGGUGCUCUUCCCUCCAAUCCCGCACCUUCAGCAAAACCACUCGCGACCGUUCUAUCAGCUGGUAGCUCACCGCUGGUAACGACCAAGGCCGUCAACUCGACUGGUGCAGCUGGCAACUCGACUGGUGCAGUCGGCAAUUCUACCGCGCCGGCAGGAAAUAGCACCAGGUCGGCGGGGAACUCUACCGAGACAGCGACUACUCCGGCAUAUGCCGUGGGAUCGCGCGACUGCCAGUACGGGCAAGUCAAGCAGCUUCACGCAUGCGCCGUUGGGUACGCGCAGUCCGCAAAGAUCCGCGGCGGCCAAUGGCCGACAUCGUCGCUGUACGAAGUUGAAACGGAAGAUGACACGGUGGUGAACGGGAGGCCCGUGGAGAAAUCGUUACGGUUCGCGCUGAUGAAUUUCCCCGACGGAGUGAUCAUCACGUUUUCGCGAAGCAUGGAGAUCGUGCUACAGAGUAACCUGUUUUUACGUUCGCGAGUGACGAUCGACGGGCGCGGCGUGCACGUGCGCAUCACCAACGGCAGCAUCGUCCUCCAGAACGUGAAUGACGUCAUCAUUCACAACAUCGAAGUGUCGGGUAACCCGCGCGGCGAUCUGAUUCCCAUCUACAACAGCAGCCGCGUGUGGAUCGACCACUGCCGCCUGCAGGACGCCCUCACGGGCACAGUCGACGUGGCACGGGGCUCCACUGACGUCACCAUCUCGAAUAACUACAUCAGCAGCCGCGGCCAGACGAUGCAGCUUGGCUUGUCGGACACGGAGGAAGCGGACAAGAAUAUGCGAGUCACGAUUUACCGCAACUGGUUCAACACAUCCGGAUCCAUGCAACCGCUCUGCCGCAAGGGCCGCUGCCACGUGGCAAACAACCUCUACACCCACUGGUCCUACUACUGCCUCGCCGCGCGCCGCGGCGCGCAAAUCCGGUCAGAGAAAAACUUUUUCCGGCCGGCGCCGGGGUCGGCGCGACUGGAGGUGACGCCGUGGUAUAGAGGCAUGCCGGCCACAGAUGUUUGGUUCGACGCUACAGUUACCAUCGCGUCGUUCCAAGACUACUUGGCUGGAGGCGCGACGUUCAAUAAGACGGCGUAUGCCGGCCCCACUCCGAUCUUCACGCCGCCCUACGCGCUGUCGCUGCCGCGGAAUCCACGUCAGAUGGCGUCUAUUUUGAGAAUCAACUGCGGUCCCAAGUACGAUGUCGAUUCCGCACUACCCCCUGCUUCGGGACAGUUCCUUCCGCCUGCCCCACCGACCCCAUCCCCCACGACUCCUCCUGCGACUGCGAACACAACUUCUACUGUUUCCAGUAGCAGGACAUCCCCUGCAACCAUAUCUCUAUACAACACCAGCAGCACUUGGAUCGACCAUUGCCGCUUCUCCAACCUUUCCGCCACCCUCCCAGCCAUCGAGCUCGCCCGAAACAGUACCGCGGUUACCAUCUCCAACAACCUCUUCUACGGCACGCUCGGCACGCAAACCGUCACUGCCUCGCCAAGCCCAGCCUCGGGGACAGGCUCGGCACUCCACCUGGGCCAAUCAGACGGCGACGGAAUUAACCGUGACAUGAACGUCACUGUCUACAGGAACUGGUUCCAGUCUCUAUCUGCAAUGCAGCCGAUGUGCAGGCUAGGCAAGUGCCACGUGGCAAACAAUCUCUACAUCAACUGGACUGGGAGCACGGUGGAAGCCAGGGCGGCUGCUCAGGUGCUGCUGCAGAGCAACCUCUUUAUAAGCGGACCCGAUUCAGUACAAGUGGUGGCGAACACCACGUCCGUCCCUCCAGGUGUAGUCGCAGAAGCAGGUAGCAACACCACCAACACCACCAACAUCAUCAAGGCUUCACCCGGGGCAAGUGCAGCUGUCGCAGGGGCAGGUGCUGGUGCGGCUGCGGCUGGGGCAGGUGCUAAUGUAACUGCAACUGCAGCUGGUACAGCAACCAUGGGCCCCACUGUGAACGCCACUCAGGUGUUCACUCCGCCAUACGACCUUCCUCUGGGGGACCCCAAUGCCCUGCUCUUCGUUGUCUUCAUGAAGCUGAACGCUGGUCCCCAUGCCAACUGA